AUGGGAGCAUUCAAAUUCGUGUCAAUGUUCUUCCUCUUUACACCUUCACUCUCAUUAAUACUCUGUUCUUUCUUCUGCCGCGCCGAUAUGAACAAGAACUCCAGCCAACAGUGUUCAAAAUCCGACAGCUUCUCCGGCGACAGCGAUUUCAAGGCCAAUCUAAAGAGCCUUUUGGAGUCUCUAGCUGAGAAUGGGCCUGUUCUUAAUGGCUUCUACAGCACAUCAAAGGGCAAGAGUUCAACCCAAAUCUUUGGUCUUGUUCAAUGCAGAGGCGACAUUUCUGCAAACAACUGUGGCAGCUGCAUCAAAAACUCCUCUGUUUUUGCUCUGUCUGAGUGCCCAGAAAGCAGAGAUGUUGUGAUUUGGUUUAGAUGGUGUUUUCUUAGGUAUUCAACGGAUAAUUUCUUGGGUGUUUUGGAUCAAACUUCUGUGGCUGUUUUAAAUGACACCAAUUAUGAUGACCCAUCUUUGGUUUCUGAUGGUCAGUCGCUAAUGGCUGGAUUGGCUUCCUCUGUUCCGUAUCAGAGUUUGAUGUUUCAAAUUGCUGUUUUGGAAGGUGGGGUGAGAGGGAAGCGAUAUGGGAUGGCUCAGUGCACGAGGGAUAUCAGUGGGAGUGAUUGUGGUCUGUGUUUGAACGCGCAGUUGGAUGCGUUUAGGACAACCAUUGGGAGUAAGAAAGAUUGGGAAGUGUAUGGAUUCAAUUGCUUUAUGUGGUAUCAUGAUCAUCAGUUCUACUUCAAUUUUUCAGACCCAACUAGUGGCAGUGGAAGAACAAAUUGGAGUUGUUUUGGAGUGUUGAUGAUGGUUCUGAUGAUUCUUUAGCUGCUGAAAGUUGGCA